UGUUUAUCUCCCUCUGCUGUAAUCACACGGACGUAUUUGUCAGCUGGACCAGCGCAGAGCAGCAGCUAUGGCUAAAAGUGAUGGAGGAGACUUCUUUAAACGGACCAGCCUGUUCUGGAUCGUCUCCGUGACUCUGGGGAUGGGAUAUUUUACUUGCACCGUGUUCGUGCCAGAAAAAAUCCCAUUCGAGCUUCUCGGUCCAUUUGGCACCUUCUGCAAAUACCUUGUGGACAACUAUGCUUCCAUUAUGUACAAAGGGUGGUUGGCUGCCUGGGCCGUCCAUGUCUUUGAGGCUCUGGUUGCAUUAAAAGUUUGCAGCAACAAAGGUAUCAACAACACGGCCACUCGCUGCAUGUGGUUUUUCCAGACCUUUCUGUUUGGCUUCGCGUCUCUCGGCCUGCUGCUCAAGUAUGACCCUGAGCGCCCCAAGCAGCACUGACCCGGCAGCCUACAGAACAAUACCAGCCUUGAGAAUCAAUUGCUUCCUUGUGCCUGUUCAUCUUCCACUGUCGUCCCCUCUGAUAUGAAACCUGCUGAGGGGCACAGAGUGGAGGAAGACACUUGAGUCUUCUCUUUUGUAGUGUUUCUUUUAACAUAAAGUAUUGAAGUGAUCUACUACUAUCAUUUGACACUACAUACAUGUCUUAAUUUAUUCCAUGUAUUCUUACAAUCAGCCUUAAUCUCAAUUUCAUUCCAUAGAUUUUCUAUAUACAAGCUGACUGAAGGCAAUAGCACCCUAGAGAUAAUAUGUUGAAAGUUUGCUUUGAGAACAAUAUUAACUGAAGUUAUUUAAGAAUCUGCCCUGAGCUUGUGCAGUACAGGGGAAUAUUUUCUGAAAUGGUUUUAUACUCUCAUGAUGUUUACAUUCAGCUUGGAUGGCAGCAGUAAUUUUCUCAGCUGCUGUACUGAACAUAAUGUCAGACAGGUUGGCUGCAGAUGGUGCGCUGCCACUGGCUUCACAAAUCCUCCAAAAUAAAAAGAAAGAGGAGAGCUGCUCUAUACACGUUUUAAAUUUCCUAUACUGAAAUGCUGUGAGCUCAAUUUUUUAAACUACAGACUGGAAUUUCUUAAUGCUAACUCUGCAGAAUAAAGAGACUUACAAACUGCAUAAA